AUGGGGCGGGCCACUGCCGCCGCCAUGAUCCCGGGUUUGGCCCUUCUCUGGGCCUUGCUGCAGGGGGGUGCUGCCCUCAGCACCCCGCGCCUGCGGCUCUCCUUCCAAGAGCUCCAGGCCCGGCAUGGGCUUCGGACCUUCCGGCUGGAGCGAACUUGCUGUUAUGAAGCCCUGCUGCUGGAUGAGGAGCAUGGGCGCCUGUUUGUGGGUGCUGAAAACCAUGUGGUCUCCCUCAGCCUGGACAACAUCAGCAAGCGGGCCAAGAAGCUGGCCUGGCCGGCCCCUGUGGAAUGGCGAGAGGAGUGCAACUGGGCAGGGAAAGACAUUGGGACUGAGUGUAUGAACUUCAUAAAGUUGCUGCAUAUCUACAAUCACACCCACCUGCUAGCCUGCGGCACUGGGGCGUUCCAUCCGACCUGCGCAUUUGUGGAGGUGGGCCACCGACUGGAGGAGCCUGUGCUUCGUUUGGCCCUUGGAAGCCUAGAGGAUGGCAAAGGGAAGAGUCCAUAUGACCCCAGGCAUCGGGCUGCCUCCGUGCUGGUGGGGGAGGAGCUGUACUCGGGGGUGGCGGCAGACCUCAUGGGCCGAGACUUUACCAUCUUCCGAAGCCUGGGCCAGCGGCCGAGUGUCCGCACAGAGCCACAUGACUCCCGAUGGCUCAAUGAGCCCAAGUUCAUUAAGGUCUUUUGGAUCCCAGAGAGCGAGAACCCAGAUGAUGACAAGAUCUACUUCUUUUUCCGUGAAUUAGCGGUUGAGGCGGCUCCAGCACUGGGACGCCUGUCCCUGUCCCGCGUGGGCCAGAUCUGUCGGAAUGAUGUGGGGGGCCAGCGCAGCUUGGUCAACAAGUGGACAACCUUCCUGAAGGCGCGGCUGGUGUGUUCUGUGCCAGGCAUUGAGGGUGACACCUACUUCGACCAUCUCCAGGAUGUGUUCCUGCUGCCCUCAAAGGACCGCCAGAGCCCUCUGCUCUACACUGUCUUCUCCACAUCCAGCAGCAUCUUCCAGGGCUCUGCAGUGUGCGUGUACAGCAUGAGUGACGUGCGCCGAGCUUUUCUGGGACCGUUUGCACACAAAGAGGGACCCAUGCACCAGUGGGUGCCUUACCAGGGCCGUGUCCCCUACCCAAGACCCGGCAUGUGUCCCAGCAAGACCUUUGGCACCUUCAGUUCCACCAAAGACUUCCCAGAUGACGUCAUCCAGUUUGCGCGGAACCAUCCCCUCAUGUACAAUUCAGUUCUACCCAUGGGGGGGCGCCCUCUCUUCCUGCAAGUGAGCUCUGGGUACACUUUCACCCAAAUUGUUGUUGACCGAGUAGCAGCUGCUGACGGACAUUACGAUGUCCUCUUCAUUGGCACAGACACUGGCACAGUGCUGAAGGUAAUUUCCGUCCCCAAAGGCAGCCGACCUAACUCUGAGGGACUACUCCUGGAGGAACUGCAGGUGUUUGAGGAUUCAGCCGUUGUCACCAGCAUGCAGAUCUCCUCGAAGAGGCACCAGCUGUAUGUAGCUUCCAAGAGCGCGGUGGCCCAGAUCUCGUUGCACCGCUGUGCUUCCCAUGGUCGCGCCUGCGCGGAAUGCUGUCUGGCUCGGGACCCCUACUGUGCUUGGGACGGGGCCACGUGCACGCGCUUCCAGUCCAGUGCCAAGAGGCGGUUCCGACGACAAGACAUAAGGAAUGGCGAUCCCAGCACCCUGUGCUCCGGAGACUCAUCACGCCCCAAGCUACUGGAACAGAAGGUGUUCGGCGUGGAGGGGGGCAGCACCUUCCUAGAGUGUGAGCCCCGCUCUCUGCAGGCCCACGUGAACUGGACUUUCCAGCGCGUAGGAGAGGCGGCCCGAACUCAGGUGCCAGUAGAGGGGCGUACGGAGCACACAGCACAGGGAUUACUGCUGCGCCGGCUGAGGCGCCAGGACUCCGGCGUAUAUCAAUGCGCUGCUGUCGAACAAGGCUUUUCGCAGCCGCUGCGUCGCGUAGCGCUGCAUGUACUGAAUGCUGCACAAGCUGAGCGGUUGGCACGGGUCGAGGAGACUAUGCCUGCCGCGCCACCCGGCCCUAAACUCUGGUACAGGGACUUCUUGCAGCUGGUGGAGCCCGGUGGUGGCGGUGGCCACGGUGGUGCUCACUCACUGCGCAUGUGUCGUCCGCUUUCCGCUUCUCGCCCACAACCUCCUGAGCCGCAGAGGAAGGGCCGUAACCGACGGACACAUGUCCCAGAGCAGCGCGCUGAGCGGGGCCCACGCAGUGCUGCGCACUGGUGA